UGUGUAAUUGCCACCAGGUGUGUAAACUUUUGCCAUUCACUUGGGUAAGACCUUGUUGACAAGUAAGAUUCCCAAGAGACGAAUAUGCUGUGGAGCAGAGACUUCAGACUCUUCAUAUCCGGUCCGACAGGAGUCGGACAUGGAAGAUGGAGAAGUUACAGCAAUAGGUCAGGAAGAGGUCCUCGUCCUUGAGACUGAUAUGUUGUCCAUGGAGCAUGGUCUGGAAAAUAGGUCAGGUUCAACUGAAGAUAUCACAACACGCACAGAUGACAGCUCCUAUUACAUCACAUGGACAGUUAACAUUGUCCUGGCUGUCCCAAGAGAGGAAGACGUUGAUGUCACUGAAGCUCCUGAAAACGCAAAGAAAACCAAAAAAGAUUCAUCUACUGUUCCAGUGAAAGCCCAUAAAGCUCAGAGCUUCUAUCACAUUGAAUACAAGUUGUUGCCAGGUGAUACAGAGACAGUCAAAGUGGACCUGGUAGUGUUUGGGCCAUUAGCCAAAGUGUACAAAGAAGAUGAGAUCAAGAUUCUGAGAACAUGGCAUGAAGGAGAUCAGAUAUGGGUUGGUUGGACCCAGAAUUUUGACGUCAGAGUCAACAGGGAGAUGCUGAUCAGUCUACUUCCUCAUAUGAUCAAGCUCCAGAUAUGGAACAGUAAGGACAAACUGUCCAGCCAGGCCCGCUAUGAAAGAUUGAAAGCCUUCAGAUUGACACAGGAUCAGCCUGAAGAUGCAACAGACAUGUGUUGUGGUGGUAUCAAGACGAUGGUAAACAAACUGAGAUCCUCAUGUGAGAGGAACACAUGUAAAAAGCACACGAGUGACAAACUGUUUAAUUCCAAUUCAGAGGUGGGCUCAGAAACAGAUUUUCAGAACCUCACCAUGGAUGCUUUUGACCUCGAGGAUAUCAAAAAGAAUGGCACUGCCUCAGCUGAGAUCUGUCCCAUUCGUUUGUUGGCGGGUGAAACCUCAUUGACUGAACGCUUCCCAGUCUGUUCAUCUGGUGUGUUUGAGGUCAUGUGCAACAUAUCUCUAGAGGGACCGUUAAUAUCUGACCAACUAAAGGCUGAACUCAAUCCACUCGUCAUCACAAUUUUGUCAGCCACCUCAAUGCCUUCAUCCCCCGUCCCUUUCCACAUCCUACAGGAAAAAUGUGUGCCUGUAUAUUGCCAGUACAAGUUCCAUAACCUGCACAUGCACAGAACAAACUAUCACAAGCAUGGCACCGAUAUCUACCUGAGAGAUGUGAACGUGAUCCUCACUGGCUUGAUGAGUCCUGAAGAGAUCAAAGAGUUCCUCUCAGGCCCACCUCUUGAGAUAGAGGUUCAUGAUCGUGACAGAAAGUUGGAAAAAACUCCAAAAACUCCAGCAAUGUUUGGCACGAGGUCAGAAGAUGACAUCAGGAAACCAAAGAUCAUUAACUCUCAUGGUAUUUCAAGCCUGAACUUGUCUGAGAUGCUACUUGGGAAGAAAACCCUAAAGGUGCCCUUACAAAUCAAAUGCUGCCCUCCACCUCCGCUGCUGGACAGGAAGAUGACAGAGACAGCAGCUCGCAGAGAGCCCAUGCCACAAGGCCAUUACUUUGAUGCCAAUUCUCAACUCAAAGUCAACGUUGAGAUAGCUUGUCCACUCAACAUUAGGAAUGACAGCUGUGAACUGGAGUUCCAGAAUGGUCGGUUUGGGCGCAUCAUCUACCUCUUUGAUUACAACAACUUCUCAUUGAUGACCAAGCUGAGGUCAGAAAUCCUCAGAAUCAAUGCAUCAGCUUUCCAUCUGGGCUCACGCUCACUGGAAAAUAUAAAGCAAGCCCUAUCAAAUCACAUAAUGAACUUCAAGAACGAUGAGAGCAAGGAUCUGGAUAUUGUUACAGGAUUCCACGUGCUAGAUAAGAGGACACAGAUCGUUGUUCUUGAAGGGCUGAAACAUAAAGCAGUGAAGAGGCUUUGGGAGGCUGUUCCUAUGAAGCUUAGUGGGAGUGCGGAGGAGCAGGUGAUAGUCCUCUACAAUUCAAACCUGGGUUUCUUCAAGCGCAUCUAUGACUCAUUAGAUGUGAGCCUGAGUCCUAUCCAUUUAUACGAGUCACUGGAGACCAUCAUGGGACAGCCUCUGGUCUACGUUAGAGGCAUGGUCCCCCAACCCUGCUUCCAAGCUUUGUUAAGGUUAAGCCAGCUUUGUCAAGUAAGGCAACUCAAAGAUGUGGUGCAGUGCAACCUCUUCCCCUCUCCUGACAUGAUUCUCAGCAUGAGCAAGAAAUAUGGCACAUAUCCUGAGCAGUGGGACCAAAAAGCCGCUGCAAACACUGAGGUGGACAUGCCCACUCUGCAUGUCCACAUGAAAAGACAUGCACAGCUCAACACACAGAAUAGAAAGAACAUGAAAUGGAAACAUUACAGCCAGCAGUUGCCGCUCACACAGUCCAUGGACUUCAUUCAGAACAAUAUUAAAAAGGCGCAAGAGCAAAGUGAGCGGUUGCAGAAGCAAGAGGCUGCUGUAUUAAGAAUAGAACCGUCUGCAGCCAGGUCAACACACAACUACAGCAUCCAGACCUUCAACUCAAACGAGCAAGCCAAGGAGCUGCUCCGCAAACACACGGCCCAGGAAUCAGGGCGAAGGUUUACCUACUGUCAGCAGUAUCACAGUGCUACAGUGGAGCAAGGAGACAUGACUUUGAAGAAAAUGUCCAACUCCACUGCUGCCUCUGCAGUUUGGUUCACAAGUAUGAGCAGUGACAAGUCCACAGGGCACCAUAGACACCCGCAUGAGGCUCGUGUGGAAGAGCUGAGGAAGCCAUGGAAAGAGAACAUCAUACAUGCCAACAUAUUGAAGCCUCCACUUUCAAGGGACACAUGGGCCUGGAGCCAGCGCUAUGAGGACUUUCAGCUCCACAGCAAACCUGCCCCUUCGUUCCGCCCACCUGUGAACAUUCACCUGGCUGGAAAGCCUCCGCAGCAGGAGCCGCUCGAGGCAGCCAGAGCUCAGUACUGUCGCUGGCUGAAGAAGCUGCGUCCUGGCGGCAGCACCGACCCUCCAGGCCCCUUCCCAGAGUUCAAGUGUCACAUGGGAGGAAACACAGAGAUAAUUCAGGAUAUAUUGAAAGAUGAGCCCAAGAAGUAUUCACUGAGGAAAGAAGGCAUGGUUCUGAAGCCUUUACCUCAACUGUCUGUGAUACACUUGGGUGACAACAAAGCCGAGCAAAAGAAGAGUGUGGCUCUGGCUCCAGGCCCACUGUGUGGACUGCAGCCUCAGCAGUGGAAACAACCCCAUCCCCAGACACAUGUCUCUGUACAACAAGAACCACUACACUGGAUUCAACAAGCAGCAGUCUUUCCUGUACAAGUGCACUGUCCUGCUUCUGACGUCAUGAAGACACAUGCAUCAACUGUCCAGCGCCAUACUUGAAGAGCAUUUUGAAUAAAACUCAUAAUGCCAUCAGACGAGA